UUUGUGGAGUCUGGAGACAUCAGUAACUGUGGUUCUGACUUCUGAGAUCAUGUUAAAUCUAUUUUCCUUAUCCACGAUUUUACUCAAUGUUCAUUGUUUUUAGGAAAUCCAAGACAUAGCUGAACUCAUGCACUGAUUUGAAGAGUGCAGAGCCAUCACCUUUGACUGAUAAUUGUAGCCAUCUUGUUUGGGUUUAGAAAUAAAAGAGGGGAGGGGCAUCUCUCUAUUUAGUGGUUCUAUAUGCCCUUAAAAAGUGACAUGAGAGUGCUAUUUCUUAAACUAUACACUGUAGCAGCAGGGACGCUCUGACUUUUUUAGUGAAGUAUGUAACGGGAAUGGCUGGUUUUAGUAUGGGGUCUCUUUAGGGGGGAAAUGUUCCCUGAGAAAAGGCUACCAAAAGAAUGAUGAGCUUAAGGAACAAACAAUGUCACUUGUAUUGGUGCUUAGGUUUUAUUUAUUUUGUCUUUGUGUAAGAGACUUAUAUUUAGAUGAUUAGAUGCAGCUACUUUUUCAGUUUCCAUGGAUCUGACAUGAUUGUCGAUGUAAAUCAGACUUUUACAUGUCACCGGGAUUUAAAGUUUUUUACUUCUCUUAUGCUUAGUCAGGAGUAGGCGAGUAGCAAAAGAAUGACGAGCUUAAGGAACAAACAAUGUCACUUAUAUUGUCUUUGUGUAAGAGACUUAAAUUUAGAUGAUUAGAUGCUGUCACUUUUUCAGUUUCCAUGGAUCUGACAUGAUUGUAGAUGUAAAUCAGACUUUUACAUGUCACCGGGAUUUAAAGUUUUUUUAGCUCUCUUAUGCUUGGUUGGGAAUAAAUACAAUUAUGGUUUGUUUCACCUUUGGGGGUUAUAAAAUUUGGGGUUUAGAUUAGUUGUAUGGUGCUAAGUAUAUUAAAACGUUCAUUUGUUUUAAUUAAAAGAUCAGAUAUGAUAUUCUGAUCCUUUUUGCCCACUGCUAAAUUAUGCCUUUAUUCUGUAUUGACUAUUGGCAUGCAUGUGUAGCCAUGUAUACUACAUGAGUGGUGAUGCAUGGAAGGAAUGAGGUAUUGAUGCUACAGGUGCUCUGAUGGUGAUAACUCUGAAAAUUAUAUCAUGUGUCAUAAACUAUAAUGAUGGAAUUCUCAAAGAGGAUGAUCUACGUGAAGCACAAAAGAAAAAUUGGUUGCUGAAGAUGCCAUCAUUACUGGAGUACUUUGGGUUCUGUCUAUGUUGUGGAAGUCACUUUGCCGGUCCUGUUUAUGAAAUGAAAGACUAUAUUGAAUGGACAGAGAGGAAAGGGAUCUGGCAACCUUCGGCCAAGGGACAGUCCCCCUCUCCUUAUUGGGCAACUCUCAGGGCUCUUCUGCAAUCUGCUAUCUGCAUGGGCUUGUAUCUGUAUCUUGUACCACAAUUCCCACUUUCUCGAUUCACAGAACCAGUGUACCAAGAAUAUGGGUUCUUCAAGAAGUUGAGUUACCAGUACAUGUCAGGUUUCACUGCUCGUUGGAAGUAUUAUUUUAUUUGGUCAAUUUCAGAAGCUUCUACUAUUAUUUCCGGCCUGGGAUUCAGUGGCUGGACAGAUUCAAAUCCACCCAAGCCAAAAUGGGACCGUGCAAUAAAUGUCGAUAUAUUAGGUCUCGAGUUGGCUAAGAGUGCAGUGCAGAUACCAGUAUACCACUUGUGUGGAAUAUUCAAGUCAGCACCUGGCUUAGGCACUGUUUGAAAGUACACGGUGAUAGAGAGAUUGACAAAGAGAUAAGCUUCAAGGAAUGGAGCAGAUGAUAGGAAAGAUAGAAGUUCCCGGGAACUACAAUCCUUAUUUACAACAAGAAGACUACAACAUGGAUGGAUAACCGUAUAGAUCUCUUGACUUGUGGUAUAUGUGCUUUAUGAACUGAAAAUAUUAGUUUCUUCUACUCGAACUCGGAGAAUGCUGACCUUGUCGUCUUGAACUGCAUUUUGUCUGGCCUCGUUGCUUUAAAUUACUCAUGUAUUGGACUGCAUUUUGCCCUGUAGAUUAACAGAUCUUACUUUUGAAUCUUUGAUGAUUGUUUUUGCAACUUCUGAAUGUUAAUAUUAUGUUCUCAAUGUUAUUUUAUUAUUUGAAUUUU